UCACAGCAGCUCUUGUGGCUGAUGGGCUGAUGGGACCCGCCCAAACUGAGUCGUCACGACAGGAGGAUGGAGAUGCAGCUUUUGACUUCUACAAGGUAGCACGCCAGUUGGGUUCUGUAUGGAUACCUGUGCUGUUUGGUGGUCUCAGCACGGGCAUCCGCACCACAAAUCUGUCCUAUCUUGGUUUGAACUUCUUUGCCCAGCAGUACACCGAUCUUAGGCCUGGAGACAUACGGUGUGAAGACACGCCGGAGGCUUCAUAUUGCCAGGCAGCGAUUAACGACAACUUGUUCUGGAGCACUACAAUAGGUGCCAUUGGCUCUGUUCUGCACUUUGUUUUGGGCCCAUUUCUGGGAGCGCUGAGCGAUGCAAUCGGCCGACGACCUGUCAUCCUGCUUUGUAGUUUGCUUGGCUACCCGAGCUUGGUGUCCCUAGCGCUGUUUGUGUACAGAAAUGUCAGCAUGUACAUCACCUUUGCUCUCAUGCCACUUGGAGAAUUGCCUGUGCUGGCCAUUUGGUUUGCCUACAUCGUCGACCUCAUCGAGGAUAGUCGCGAUAGCAGCGUGGCCUUCGGCCUUGUGAGUGCUGGGGCGCUGCUUAGCACGAUGGUGGGAGCUACGGUUGGAAAUUUCCUCUCUUUACAAGAAGGUGUUGCCGCCAUGAUGUUCUUUGACAUCAUUAUUUUGUUGCCUUAUCUCGUUUGUUGUCUUCCAGAG